AUGUCAUACUUUACAUUUGAGGUGAAAGGUGAACAACAGUUGGCCAAUUAUUCGCCUCGCGAAUUAUAUUCGAACGCAAGUUCAAACAUCGACGCAACACUUGCGAUCAACAGAAUAAUCUCAUCCUGCUUUAGUGAAGAAGCACUCUGCGAGAUCAAGAAGGUCACAAUGAUUCCUUUGACGAAAUUGGUCACUCCGUUUGAGAACACGAGAACUCAGAAAAUUCCCCGACCACAAAACAGCUUUGUCAUUUACAGAAGAAACGUACAAGUGCAAUUAGCUGCCGAAGGGAACAAGAUGUCCAACAGAAAAUUAGACACGGUCUCAAAGAUCGCAGGAAAACGCUGGCAGGAAGAGCCCAACGAAGUCAAAGAAUUAUUUGGUCUUAUUUCCGAGUGUGCUAAGAAGGUGCACAAUUUUUUGUACCCCGAUUAUGUUUACCAUCCCAGGAGAAGUGCCACAACAAGCACUCCCAUGAUUUUCUCCUCAUUUCAUGGAGUUCCUAUGAUCCGUUGGAAAAAUGUUUCUUCGAAGCACAACUACCCGCGAAUCCCUUAUUCUUCUUCUUCCUCCGUCAUUCCCACCAACUCUACUGAAUUCUUUUCAACCCCCCUCGAUGACCAAUUGGAAUCAUUCCUGUCAAUGUCUCUUAACACGACAAAUCAGUGA